ACCGCUUCGAACUAAUAGCUUUUGUUUGGAUCCACACCGGAAACGGAAACUUUUUUUCGGUUCCGCUCCGCUGAGCCUGCGGGUUCAGGUUCGGGGUUCUUCAGGACCAUGGAGUAUAGCCUGAUCGUGGCCGUAUCCGGCUUCCCCAGCCUGUACGACAGCAGCUCCCCGACCUACAGAGACCUGAACACGAGGAGCGACUCCUGGAGACAAGUGGCGCAGAUCGUCGGGUUCCCCGAGUCUGAGUGCAGGAGGAAGUGGAAAACACUGAGAGACCAACACAGGAGGGAGAGGCAGCGAGAAAAAGAGAGACGAGAGAGCGGCAUCGGGCUCCUCAACUACAGACCAUGGAGGUAUUCAUCCAUUUUAUCCUUUUUAAACCCGUUCAUAGAUGCUAGAGCUGCCGGCACCAAUGGCUGGGCUCUGGACCCACAGCCCUCACUCCUGCAAGUGUCUGAAAUGAUGGGCUGCAGCACGACCACCGGAACCCGGAGCGAUGAUGACGAGAGCUACGACAUCGCAGUAGCAGAUGCUACGCCUACAUCAUCUUCAUCGUCCUUGGAGUUUGUGCAAAGGAAGCGACCGUCUUCUUCAAGUGGCGACGCCGUCAGACUGAAAGCAGCAAAGAUUGAGCCCUCGGAUCAGCAGACACCUCCGGCCGUCCUGCAGCCGGAUCUGCAGCCCUUCCAGCACCGUCAAAGCCGCUGUAGCCCUCCACCGGCCGGCGCCGCCUCCAGGCUGAACCGCCUGAAAACAGAGGUGAGGGAGACUGUGGAUCUGACAGACGAGGAGUACGAGGACUGCAGCAUCACGUCACCCAGGCUGACCCAGGCCAGGACGGAGAAUGGCGACAGUGUGCUGGAGGACUACCUGAGGAGGAUGGAGGCCAGGGAGGUCCACCGGGACCGAGGUGUGGACCUCAGAGACGAUGUGACUCUGUUUCUGCUCAGCUUGGCUCCUGCCAUGAGAAGACUUUGUACAGAAAAGCAGUCGUGGGUCAGAACCAAGAUACAGCAGCUUCUACAUGAGGCCGAGUUUGGUGCAACGCACUUUUAGUGAUUUCCAAACUAUUUUCUAUUUAACACUUUUCUAAAUAAUGUAUGGAACUUAUUUAACUUCCGUAAUAUGUGGAUAAAUAUACAGAGUAGAAGUACAUUUUCUCCUUUUUAUAAAACUGUAGCUGAACUUUACCUUCACAGUGUUUUGAUGGUGUUUCUAAUAAAAUGUGAAGCUUUAAUAUAAAUGAA